UGGAAAGGUACAAGUUACAACUCAUCUUCACAGUCUUGAUUGACACUAUGGAAUCAUAUCAGUCCCCCAAUACUCCUUUGCGCAUUGACACAGAAUGGCUUGCUAACGCCAACUCACCAUCGACCUCCUUUUCUCCUACCGGUCCCAGCGGCCGCGACGUGCCUGCUCUCCGCGUUUCGACUUCGCCUACAAGAACCAGCUUUGAGAAACCUCCUCCUUCUCCACGUAAAGAUACUUCCCUCAAGAACACAAGUAGAGGAAAUGAAUCCAAAAAGCUUCUUGCACAUGUACUGGAGCAAAUCAAGGAUCGAAAUAUGCCACCAUCAGUAUACGAUGCGUUGUCGUCUGCUGCGGAAAUCUCGAAUGAGAAAAAACUAGGGUCCUUUAUAGACAGGGCAGUUAAGAGGAGGGAUGCAGGGAAGGAUCGGAAGGCAGCCCUAUAUGCAGACGAUGAAAGCGAGGACGAAGAUGAAAGAGUCUUUUCCACAGAUACGACGUUGGAACUCAUGACACGACUUCGAGAGCUACUUAUCAUAUCUGCCUCGCAAGGCUGGCGAAUAUUCGAUGAUGGUAUAUCCCAAGAUCCCUAUAUGCAACGCACCUCGAGCGGUGGCAGGUUCUCAUCACCCUUUCGACGCUCCCUUCAGCCUGGGGGAAAACGUUCUAGAUCUCCCUCUCCAGAUCCUAAAGCUCGAGAUACUACUUCCACAGGUCUCCUCACACAAUGUAUCAGUGCCAUUGCUUCUGUUGUCUCAGAAGAUUGUCGCUUUCAGAUAGCUUCUCCUUCUCCUUCGCGCCCGCCGUACGCAUUGCAAGCCGUCACACUGGAAGUCGCCCAAUUCUUGUUACAUACUUAUCGACGCGCCUCCGAGAUCGUAUCUCAAAUCGUCUUCGCUCUCAUACCCGCGUUCUCGACCUUCCCGAGAGAGAUGCACGCGCGUCUCUUAGCAUUUUUUGAAGAAUGCGUAACGAGAAACGCGUUAGAAGAGCUCAGCUUGAUUCAAGGCGUUCGAGGUCUCAAAUCAGCUCAAGGUCCUCGGCAGCAAAUUGAAGAACAGAACGAAACAGUGGUUUCUAUCAGGGUUGAUGAAGCAUUUGACGAUCCACUGUCUCCCGGCACUUCUGAAUGGACACCGUGGACACGUAUUGGCGCUCAGCUGGUGUCAUUAAGGUCGACGAAUUCACCGUUUCAAUCACCAUCCACGUACGAUUAUGCUUCAUUCUUCUCGCCGCUUCUAGCAGCUAUUCUUGAGAACAUAGACUUUGUUCGUAGCCGUGUUGAGGUGCUACAACGCUUGUACAGAUUACUUGACGCUAUCAUUACCCUCAAAUUGGAUGCCCAUCUCGAUGUCCUAGAAAUCAUUGCAUAUCAUACACCCAACGCUCGACGGAGCGCCACUUGUUUGCUUACAACUUUCUGGCCCAAGGCGGUUGGUCACGUCAUUGUGAGCAAGUCGCCCGUACUGAGGAAAUUUUUGGAUCUUCAAGCUGGGACAAAGCUUCCUGCCUAUGAGACUUCAUAUCAUGUCCAUCAAUUCUCACCCUGGUUCUUCCUCGAUCUGGGGCAGUCUACAUUAGACAAGCCGGAAUGUGAUGCAUGUACAAACCCGGUCCAGGGAUUUGGGCUCUUUUGUCCGUUCUGCAUCUGCACUGUUCAUUUCAACUGCUACCAUUAUCCAGAAGGCAACGUUAGCAUCAAUUACACUUCAAACACCGAUGCCAACGUGACACAGGUCGCCAUGUAUCGACUAUCACCAAUACUAGACCGCAGGACUGUAGCAGGCGCUGGGACUGUCCAGACACAAUAUCACAAUUUCCGGCUCGUGAAUACCUUCACGCUCUGCCUUUGCAUGCUUUGUCAAAAGCCCCUUUGGGGUAGCCAUACGCAGGGCCUGCAGUGUACAACAUGUCACCGAUUCUCUCAUUCCGCUUGUGUUUCGACGAGCCAGGUCCCGCCGUGCGGUAGUAUUCAGAAUAACUGGAGCUGCGUUAUGAUUCCUCCAUCCGCACUGGUACAGUCUUGCGUCGAUUUCUAUCAAACCUUGUUCUCGCUUACGGAACAAAAUAUAAAAAACGGAGGGUAUGAAGAUGUGUCGAUUAUCUACUCUUCGCUGUCCACGCAAUUGCAAAUCAUCAACAAUGGCCUUGAACUAGGUUCCAUUGUGCUGGGUGAAGGGAACUCGUCGCGCUCUCAAACGCAAGAAGUCCCAUUAUUCCGGCUUCAUGAUUUGCUUGCAUGGUGUGAACAUUACCUUUCCUCUGAGACACUCCCUGUAUCCCCUGUCAUCUCGGAAUAUCUCGAGGAAAAUCAUGUAUUCAGAAGGAAUCUGAAUAUGAUGUUUGAAUGGUCUAAUCUCGUCUAUAUCGCUUCCGCAAUUAAAACCACCUUCACUCCCAGAGGCCCUCUCCCCCUUACCUCUGAAAUGUUAUCCGUUUCAGCUCUUCAGGAGAGUUCGCUCGAUCCUGAAGAAAAUAAUUCUCCUUUUGAGGUGGUUUCUUUGGCCCACAUGAGAGACGUGCUUGGAUAUGAAUUCAACGUACACUUAGAUGCUGCUGCAAAGCUGCUCUUGUCGCACAUGCAUCACGUUGGCCUCUUCGACAGAAUAGAUUUGGAACCUAAGUUAUUCCUGUCAGAGGCUCAGGAUACUUACUGCUCCUUCCCUCUCCCAAUUGGUCUCGAUGAAUCGCCAGAUGUCGAGGCUCUGUUUGCUUCUGUAGAAGCCUGUCUCUCGGAUCUAGAUCUUUCAGUCAACGAAGUUGGUUUGUUGCUUCUUUGCCGCAGACUUUGGCCCAGCGGAAUGGCUUCGGAUUAUGCGCUGACAAGACUUACAAGGUCCAUCAUUUCCUGGGUUCUGUCUGAGGACAAGGAUCUUGCAACCAUCCUUCGUGAUUAUCUCGCCAGGCAGAGGGCAUUGCCUGGGGUCAGGUCAGCCUCCGACCCUUUGCCGUGGCCAUCAGUGCCGAAUGGUCGUCCGGCACCGUCAAGUUCUGUGAAUAACGGUGGUGAUUAUGUAGCGUCGAGAAAAGCAUUAGUUAGUCGAUAUGCAAUCCCAUGGCUCCUCGCUCUUCAUCAUCAAAACUCAGAGAAUUAUUGUAAUAUCCUGUACGAUAUCUGCGCCGAACUCGUCGACGACGAGACAGACUUGCCAACUGACCUCUUCAGCGAAGUCCCUGACCACGAUGUCAAGGCACAUGCUGCGCAAUACCACGAUAAGGUCCUACGAUCUUUAACGCGACUACUCCAUAAUUCUCUCACCUUCACCGUAUCCGAAAAACUUUUCGUGCGAUGGUUAUCCUCCCUUUCAAAUUCCGGUAUUAUUUCUUAUCCUAUACCGUCUUUGGUACGACUAUUUCAGAGAGACCAUCAAGAUCACCGAUAUAGUAUCAUGGACAAGCCUUUACCAACAUCUGAAAGUUCUGAAUUUGAUCCCUGGCAUCACAUCCUUGCGAGCGCGGAAACCUUCAAUGGCUUGACGAACAGCAUUUGCUGGCUCUCCGUUGUGGCGUCUUCUGGUGUCGAUGUGUCGGUGGCUACGUACUUCCAUUUUGCCAAUCUGGUGGAAUCUUUUAAGCUUCCCGUGUCAUCGUCACUGGUUUUCAUGAACGCUAUCUUCAAAUCAGUCUGGCUUCGACAUGCUGGACGCCAACAAAUGCAGAAGAUCAUCUCCGAUCUUCACUUUCGUUUGGAUUCGGAAAUUGUACAGUCUUUGAAGAAAAAGGAGAUGUGCCACGAUGCGGUUCUUUUCAUAAAGCAGUCACUGGUGACCUGCUUACUCCUGUAUGGCUGUGACCGGGAAAAGCUUCAAAGUACGGAUCUCGUUACAAAAGAUGACAUCAAAGACCUCCCCCAUCGGAGAAUAUUGGGUCGAGAAUCGCAACUCUUGGAUCCAAUAGUUGUGGAUACCGUACUUAUGAACGCACUUGCUUCUUAUGUGGCUGCCAAUGUGGACGAAGUAACGUGUAUCAUUGCGAAAUUCCUAAACAUUUUCAUAACGGAGUCACCAACUUUGGAAUCACAUGAAGUGGACAACUUCAUUCUUCGUAACGGACAAAUGAUGACUAACUGUGCUUUCAAGUUCUACGACAUACAAAGCCACGAUAUAUCUACUCUACGGACAAGCUUUCUAUUGCGAGUUGCUGUGGUCGAUACGCAACCUCUGCAAGAGCUACUUGAGGAAUGGUUUCGACCUAAUGAAGACUGGAAACUGAGGCUGUCUGCUCUCGUAAAACUAUUCCGUAUCAUUCUGGAUGUGACCAGUCCUGCUUUCACUGUUGAAGGAAGGCAGUGGAGAUCUACCAUCACUGAAGUGUUCUAUUAUUUCUUCAGCACUUUGUGGGCCGAUGAAAAGGAAGAGCUUCGGCUAGCAGCUGACACAUUUUCAUCUAAUUUACUUCCUGCUCAUUUUGAACAAAUCUCGCUAUGUUGGAGCGAACUUCUUGCGAAGUCUCCAAUUGCAGACCGAGUGAAGCUCGUAUCCUUCCUUAUCCAAUUAAGACCUCAUUUUCCGUCGUGGCAUAUGGUCUCUUGGGAAUCUAUUGUCGAAAUCAUAGCGGAAGACCAAUAUGAUCAAGAUGCCGGGAACGAUGGCCCACUUUCUGCACAUUUGUCUUUGUAUGGGCUCUCGUCGAAAGAGGAUCCUGUUACAGAGAGAUCCAGUGCUGACUCCGAAUUGAUCUCUUUAAGAAUUUCAAUCGUUCUCCUCAGUUUAGAUAUGAUCGCAGAAGGGAUUCGGAUCGACUACAACGAUCUGCUGAGAAUCAAGCAACACGUUGCACAAAUUCUAGGUUUUGCAGAUGUACAUGCAAUCCCAGCUGCAAACGGACAUUCAUUUUUCGUGGAGUUUGGUGAUUGCAAAUCGAUUCCAUCUGUUGCAUACCCAUGCAUCAGUCAUUUGUUUGUCUUAUUAGACGCACAUCAUCCGUUACUUAUCACAGACGCGGAAUUACAAGGCUUCGUCAACGAUCGCGCGUGGCCACUACUAGUAGGCUCUCCUUACGUCGACAUCCUGCUCCAUUUAUUUGAUUCAGAAAUCCACGAAUUACCUGGUUUGACAUUGAAAAGUCUGCUUGAAAGCCUCGGGGUCAUCAUAUAUAAACACAACAUCGAGAAUGUCUAUCUGCGACACUUGCAACCGCAACUCAAACGUGCUGUCUCUCGAGUUCAGGAAAUUAUGCUAAAAGACAUAGACUACGAAUGCCGUCAGGUUGCGUUGUCCGUUUUGCAAAGCUACAUCAAAAAAUACCAGGGCUCUCUGCGAUCAUUUGUUCACUUUGCUAUUGAACAGGUGGCGAAAUUAGUGGUUUCGCAAAGUCACCUCAACCAAGAUCCAUUAGUUCUUCAGGCUAAGGCAUUCAUCGACUCAAUGUUGACAGCGUAUUGCAACAACGGAAUUUUCAUUGGACUGAUCAGAAGACAACUGGACCGCAGCCUCUUUGUUGUAUUGAAGCAGGUUCUGGAUGCAAAUGCCAAAGAGAGUGGUUCCCAACAUCUUCUUGAUACAAUUCUUUACGAUACGUUCAGACGCGCUGUCGAAACCGACCAGAACUCCUUUCAAGUCAUGUUGAAUAACCUCCAAACAUUUGUUGAAGUGGUGCAUCACCAGAAUUAUAGCGCGGAAACUAUGACCUUCGUUGGUCAAAGCCUCACAUACCUUACACGACGAAUAUCCGAGUGGUCUCCGGAGGUGGUCAACCCAGCUCCGUUACUUCUUAUUGCUGCACUUCUAAUACAACAUAAUAAAGCCCAAAGUCGAGAUUUCCUAUCUUACACAGACACAGUGCUUAGGGCAGUACUAACACGAAUGCUUGUGGAUGGCGCUACUCUUUCACGCCUUGUACAAGUCACAGCAACACUCUACCGCAAAGGCCCUUCGGUCAAUGGCGAACCUUCAAAUAAUAUCAUUCCUGUCAUCUUUGAGAUAUUAAACGAGGGAUUACGCGUGAAAGCUCGCGUUCUUUCGGGUACAAUCAACUCCAUGUUAGAGACAGUGAUGUCUACGAAUAUCAAUGGCUCAACAACACCUGCGUUGUCUCAUUCAAAUUUGUUCGUGGGGUUAGCAUUACCAGGAAUACACUUCUUAUAUAAUUACUCUUGGACGGAUCACCGCACGGAUAAUGACUUUCAGGCUUCACUGACAGUCGCUAAGGUGUUGCUCCGAGUUUCGAGUAAGGAUCCAGACAUUCUGAUGAAGUUCGUCGAUGUCAGCACAGAGAAAACUGGACCACAGAACACGUCUAUUAGGGCAUGGAAUAUCCUUCUUCUGGCUGUCUUACAAGAUUCUUCAGGGGAAUCAAUCAAUAUGAUAUUCUCUCAUCUUGCGACAUUCUCCCUUGUCCAUCAUGCUGCAUUGCGACCGUACACCACUCGUCCAGGAGCUCAGAUACCAGAAUCUGCAAUAACAGAUAUAAACCAUGCGUACAUUGCUAUCAAAGUUUGGUUGAUUGUCGCCCAAAUAAAAGCGGCGAGGGAUGGAGCAGGAAGUACAGAUGCAUUGAUUGUUUGGAAUGAACUUUAUUCGGUCUUUGAAAGUCUGAUACAUUUCUUCGAGGCUGAAUUUCGUGCUGGAUUGUCCUCCACAUUGGCUAUGUUGACGUGGUCUACGGUGGCCGAUCUCUUCUUAUUUCUAAGACACCUACCAUCCCCAGUUGUACUGCACACAUCUUCACAGAUCAGCCUCUUGGAACGCCUGAAACCCCUCGGUCGAGGCGAAGCACACACAGGAAAGUUGGCGCGAACGAUACGAUCUAUGGCAGAAAAGCCGCUAGAUAUGCCCUUUGAGACAAUGUCCAACCAGGUUGCGAAUGACAUAGUAGCAGCAGAAAAGCUGCGAAUCCUGGAGGCGUUGAACAGGGAGGUGAUCCCGGAGCGAAGAGGAGCCAGAACCCAGAUUACGUUGGAUAGUAAUAGAUAA